AUCUUGAUCAGUUUUCAGUGAUGACAGUGAUUUCGCGUAGAAAAACCGGUCGAUUUAACUCCAAAUCUGCGUGAAGAUACUCAAAACCAUGAUUUAGAGAGAGGAAAAUGCUAGAGGAAAGUAUUGGGUGGAAAAGGUGGCCAGAGUUUGUGUUGCGUAGGUGGGAAAACAUCAAGUUUGUUGAUGGCUGGAACAGUUGCAAAGUUUCCAGUGUCACGCACGGUGUACAACAACAUUGGUGAACAUGACGCCUCUUACGUGAACCGUGGUACAAACGGUGUCAGGAAUAUGGAAGAGAAUGUUGUGCUAGAUCAGCUGCAAGAUCAGAGUUUCAACAAGAGGGCAGAGAUUCUCGAGAGCCUGCGAGCGCAGGUCAGACGUAGCGGUGGCCAUCUUCCGUACAAUGACAGAUUGUCAAUUUUCAAGGGCUUGUCGCUGGCCCUGUCCGACAACAACUGGGACGUUCGACACAAAUGCGUACAACUUAUUCACGAAUUGAUUCCUCAAUUUGGCUCCGAUUUAGAUCGUUGCAUGGCUGUGAUUUUACCGAAACUGGUGCCUAAUUUUGGUGACAAGAUCACCAUUCGGCGUGCUGUGAUUCAAACUAUGCAUGUGUACAUGAAACACACGUACAACAUGUACAAUGUUUUCCGUGCCAUAAUCCAAUUCGGGAUUGAUAGUGAAGAUCCCAAGGUCCGCAAAGAAGUUACUGUUGCCUUGCCGAUGUUGUUUACACACGAAUUCAGCCAGGUUGACUUCAGUGAUGUUGUCCAAACAUUGGCAAAGAAACUUGUCGAUGCGACGCCUGGAGAAAACAACUUGCAGCAGUCCGCCCUUGUCUCACUACAAAAAAUCCGGGAUCUUGUUGGCGAGGAUAUGUUUGAUGCCUACAUGCAAAAGCUAGCAGCACCUCUUCGGAAAUAUUUUUACAAGCUGACAAACCGAAAUGGACAGAAUGAUCAUCAGAAUUACGUUGAGUCCAGAAAUGUGUCACAGCCUUCGUCUGCAAACAGUACCCCAGCAGUCACACCCAGAAGUUCCAAUCAUCAUGUGCCGUCCAAUAAUGAUUAUAAUGAUGAUUAUGGCUAUGAUUCUAGAUCAUACAAGCCUGCAAGCUAUGCGCCAGAUUUCACCAAUUUAGAAUUUGGUGUUGUUCCUAGUCAUAUUAUGAAUGAGUUGGAGGAUCAAGAAAACUUCCGUAAACGAGCUCAGGCAGUUGAGGAACUAAAAAGCAUAGUUAAAGAUUUGAAAGAUGUAGGGCCCUUAUUGCCGCAUGUUUUGUCAUUUAUUAGUUUCUUGAACAAUCUCUUGGAUGAUUCAAAUUUCAAAAUUACCACAGUGACAUUAGAAAUAUUAGCAUUACUUGUAAGUAAAUUGAACCUGGGAGUCAAGCCACAUCUUCGACAUAUGAUAACUGUUCUUACUAAGCGAAUGGGGGACAAUAAAAUUGUGGUACGUCAGGCGAUUAUGAAAGUUGUCAUGCAGUUGAUGCAAAUACUAUCGCCGAGUCCUGUCCUUACUGUGAUAUGUGAGAACUUGUCUCACCGAAACUCUCGAGUACGACAAGAAGCCGUCAACAUUGUGAUUGCAUCAUUACUGACUUUUCCUAGUGUAGAUUUUGAUUUGGCCGAUUUGUGUAUGACUGUAGCGCCUGCACUUGUUGAUGCAAAGCGGCAAGUCCGUCAAGCAGCGUUGGAAUGUUUCGCCGUUCUUGCACAGGCGAUGGGUGCGGGGAAGCUCGCACCGCUGAUUCAAGCAGUUGAUAGUGUAGAACUUAGUGUUGGUGGCGACGGUGUAAUGGCUGCUGUACAAGCACGACUUGCACGUCGACAACUGCCAAGACUGAAUGCAGAUGGAUUAGUCGAUUAUGCAACACCUACCCCUUCCUCUGCGACGACACGUGGUGCUUCAAAUGUUCCUCAGGGUGCAGACACUGAGUGGAUUCUUCUUGCCUCUGGUGGUACAGGGUCCGCACGUUCGAUGCGGUCUGAGACAAUAGAACUUGAGCAGGUGACCAAUUCUGCUCGGUCGACUCCUGGUGGAUUAUCGCACGAGGCUCCAGGAAAGGGUCCGUCGCCACGAAGAUUUUACAGUGCUGGUCGAGGAGGAAAGUCCAAGUUACCCUGGGAAGAUGAAGAACAGAAAAAGCCCCGAUCCAACACCGUUGAGAAUAAUGCUGGACCAUCGAAUAAUCAGCAUCCUCCACCCGCCAUGCCUGUUCCAUAUUCAACGUGUCACUGGACUGCUCCCCUUGAUGCUCCGCCCAAACCAAGACAAACGUGGGGUGAAGAUAGCCCUAAAGCCAUCCGCCGAGCUUCCAAGAAGCCGACUCCUGCAACCGAGCCACCACCACCGCCCCCUCCACCUGUACAAUCACAAGAUACGGGUUCAACUUCGUACAAGCAGAUCCAUUUGAGCAAAGCCAAGAGGAAUUCUGAUGUGGGAAAGUCGGCCCCAGCUCCGGCCCCGAGAAAAGACAGCCUUCCCAAUGAAAAAUCUGAGGCGUUUAGUAAACAACCUAGUGAUAAAGGUGUUCCCUUGACUCACGCCUCGACACCAGGGAAGAAAAAAGCCAACUACCAAUCGGAAGAUGUGGACAGUGAUGUCCAUGCGAGCUGGAAUUACUACAGUCAGUUGCCGUCCAAGGAGACAUCAAAGCCCAACAAGCCGCCAUUCUUGGAUCCUAUCGGCUCAGAUUGGCUCGCAAAUUCCAACUAUACCGACUUUUGGAACCAAUAUUAUGAAGAUCCUCAGGCGACGGCUGAAUGGCCCGAUGUUGAUGAUAAAAAAGCCAAAGUUACGGAGGAAUCGCCAAUUCCCAUGAAGCCCAAGCUUGCACGUGGUCCGUCCUCAAGGAAAGCCAAGGUUCCGCCCAUCCAGUCUGAAAAGCCUUCCAGUCCGCAAGAUGACGAUAGUGCCUACCCACCUAGUCUUGACAGUAAUAACCAUGAUGAAUUCAACAAUAUCAAGGAUAUGGAGAAUUCGCUCAAGCAGAUAAGGAACAGUGCAUCAAAAAAGCGAGCAGAAAAGUUGAAUCAGAAUUCACGGUCGCCUUCACCGGAUUCCUCUGACACAGGUUUUGGUACUUCAUCAUCUUACAAGAGUACCUCCAGAAAGAAAGAGAAAAAGACGGACAACCCUUUUGAGGCCAAGCCACGGAUUGCCCGUAGUCAAAAACGACUAGAUUCAGACGAAGCACAAUUGGAGUUCAACCCAAUGAGCGGUGUGACCUUCCGGGAAAAUAGGAACUCGGAUGUCCAGAUAAUCGGGAAAGGAUACUCGGACGAAUCGGAACCAAAGUUGAUAACUUCGGAGCCAAAAACGAAUAUUAAAUCAAAGGAGAGACGACGAAUUCAAAAAGGCCCGAUCUUAUCGCCCCUCGGAAUGGCUUCCCAACAUGUCUAUGGACCUCUGGACCUAGAUGACGACAGGAUACCUGAGCCAGAUCAUAUAGGGGUCGUUGGACGAGGUAUGUUCGACACCCAGAACAAUAGUAGCACCAGCGACCUUGGUUUGGGGAAUUUCAAUUCAGGUCCAUACGACCGUUACAAGAAUCGGCGCGACUCGAGUGAACUUCCAAGUGGUGUGUACGGGAAGGGUAUUCAGGAGAAGGAUCUCAUCUUGGAUCGAGCGUCAGACGAAGACUUCGAGGACUCGGAUGACGAUAUCAGUAACAUUUCCAUGUCACAGACUUUGAAGGACAGGAUGGCGUUUAAGAAACAGCAAAAAGAGGAAGAGGCAGAACAGCGGCGAAUAGAACGGGAAAAACGUCAAAGAGAACGCGAGGACAAGCGACGUAAGAUCGAAGAGGAGAGGUUACGAGAACGAGAGGAGCGGAGGCGGAAGAUUGAGGAGCAACGAGAGCGAGAUAGAGAGGAGAAACGGAGGUUAGAGGAGGAGGUGAAGCAGAAGGAACGAGAACGACAGCAGCAGAGAUUGAGACGGUUGAGUCAGCCAGAGAUAAAUAACGAUUCUCUGCUGAUUUCUGGUAACUCACAACCGACAUCGAUGCCUUCGUCAACGAGGAGUGAGCCUGGAAGUGGGAAGCCACCCGCACCCUCACCUACGAAGAGAAGGUCUGGCCCGUUGGUUCCCGGCAGCAGUUUAGCCAGUCCUCAGAGUACGUCAAGACAAAUGUCAAUAGAAUCGGACAAUCCUGAUGAUUGGAAACCGUAUCCAAAGCCUGAAAAUGCUCUCAAUGAUUCUCUGAGGUUCCUGCAGCAGGACGACUGGAAUAUAAAAUGUAACGGUUUAAAUGUGUUGCGACGCCUGAUCAUGUAUCACCCAGAAGUACUCUCAAACCAGUUACACACAGUCAUCCUGGCCCUCAUAGCCGAAGUCAAGAACCUAAGGUCUCAAGUUUCUCGACUAGCUAUAACGACGCUGGGCGAGAUGUUCCUGGCACUCAAGAGGAAUAUGGAUGCAGAUCUUGAUAUGAUAACCAAAGUUCUGCUUGCCAAGAGUGGAGAAAGUAACGGCUUUAUCCGAGAAGAUGUCGACAAGGCUCUGGUGCACAUGGUCGACAGUGCCACCCCACAGAGGGCGCUCCUAGCUAUUGUCGUAGGAGGUGCAUCUCACCGAAAUGUAGCCGUAAGAAAAGUGACUGCCCUGAAUUUGUGUGCCGUGGUUGAGAAGAUGGGACCAGGUCGCAUCCUGAGUGGUAUCAAGGAUGUUACUGACCGGGUCUUGCCAACUGCUGCUCAGUUUGUUACAGAUGGCUCCCCGGAGACGAGGUAUUAUGGCAGAAAGAUUUUCUACAUGCUCAUGACACAUCAAGACUUCGACAAGAUGCUAUCCAAACACAUACCAACUGGAACAUACCGGAGUAUACAGGACAUCAUUGACAGCCUACGAGCAAAGGGACUAGGGGAUAUGCCUAGUGAUACGCCAUCAGCCAGGCCCAGGAGGUCAGGUCAGGGGUCAAGGUCUGGGUCAUUGACGAGACGGAACUCUGCCGGCAGUGGGAAUGACAACUCGCCAAAUUCUGCACCACCCUCAUCAAACAGUAAGCGUCCUCGCGUACGGACAGACGAUCAAACGAUGGAGGAGAUAAAGGCAAUGAUUGCCUUAAUGGCAGCGAACGAUUGGCGGGAACGAGAUAAGGGCAUCGAACAACUUCUUGAAAUGUGUGAAAAUAAUUCUAAUAUUGUUGGUGCAAAUAUCAUAAAGAUUUUUGACAAGUUCAACCCUAGACUACAAGACUCAAACAGCAAAGUGAACCUGAAUGCAUUACAUAUCAUGCUGCAGAUCACACCGUUACUCCGGGACUAUCUGGGCGUCGUCAUCAACAUGACCAUACAGAACGUUGCUCCAAAUCUAUCUUCCAAAAACAAAGAAAUCUACAACACUGCUAUGGAAAUCUUAGACACAUUUAUGGAACACUUAGAUGGAAGUCUGUUACUUCAACCAUUUGCCAACCAAGCUCAAUGUGGGAAUGCCAGAGUCAAGCCAGACAUGAUUGAAAAAGUGGCAUAUUUGGUGACGAAAGUAUACCCGAGGAAACAAAAGCAAGUCAUUUUACACGUCCUUCCGCUGCUCUGGCAUCUGCUUGGCUUGACGACAGCAGGCAGCGGAGCGGGGUCGAGUGGCAAUAUACGGACUGCAACGAACAAACUAGUGAGCAGCCUUUACUUACAAAUGGGACAGGGUCUAAUUGAAACAGCUAGCACGAACACCAAUGUGACUCCAAGGGCACUGCAACUUCUGCAGGAUAUCAUUGACAGCCUAUGAUAGCUGUUAAAAACCGUCCACGGAUAUCAAUUGUGUUUUCACUGUCGCUGCCAGAUUCUAGAUCCAUGAGAAGGACAAGUUUCCAGCAUUGUGUGAAAUGAGCUAUUUGUAUGAGGAGGUGAGUUUUCUGGCUGGAGCUCUAUGAUGGCACGUGUGGUAUGUGUGUGCUCCUGUGAUGAAACCUGGAGGCACCUGCUUUUGUAGCUCAAGGCCUGGCUGGACUCCUUCCUGCUCCAAGAAGUUCUGCAGGCCCAAGUUUCACAAGCUGCAUGUGUGUGUAAAUGCAAGUGUGGCUGCUCUGAUACAACUGCAGCAAGGGAAUGCGAGGACAGUCCUAUGCCAAUGAUGUCAGUUGCUUGACACAGUCAUGACAGUUACACUACUUCGUGUGCUAUUGUGAUGUUAUUCAGUGAGGUAUCCCACCAUAUCAUUCACUGCUGAAUCUACCUUAACAGCCGAGCAUCUGCUCCCAGUGGUACUCCAAUAUAGUUCGAUAAGCAACUGUUUUUUUCGGAACAAAGUUAAGAUAAAACUAAAAGGGAUCAGUGUCUUGGUGUAGAGUGUCUCAUUCUUUCUUCGAAGAAAGUUUAAACCGGUACUGAAGUGCUCUUGUUGAUAGAGUAAAUUAAAAUAGUCUAUGCUUAGGAAGCUGUCAUAGGAUAGGCCUAGGAUGUAGUCUAGGACAAAUAGAUUUGAUAUACCUGUGAAAAUUACUAAUGUGCCAGUCGUACACUGCAACUAUGAGAAGCGCAAGUUCAAAAUGAUAUGCUCAAAGGAUUAUGGGAUUCGUAUGAUAGUUAUGUACUGUAAACCAUCAAAUUUUUGUCAUUAGUGAAAAUUUCUUUAAAAACAUUUUGAUGAUUUUGGUACCGAAUAAUUUUUACAAAUCAAGAUUAUUUACGUCUGCAAAAUAAAGCGUUGGUGAAAAAUUGAUAGAUUACAGUGUGCUAUGCUCAAGAGGGAGAUUCAACAGAUAUCUUGCCACUGCGAGCAAAUUCUGCGGGAAAAGGUGGAGAUGGAUGAUCAAGAUAUUUUGUCUAGUUUUCAAAAACAUUAAAGAAAGGAAGAUAUUCAGAGCUUCAGAUUAGAGACGACAGUACAGGGUGUAUCUGAAUAAAAGAGGGCCACAAUUUAUUUUCAAAAUUUAUUUGAAAACAAGUCGCCCACAGUUAAAGUUAACAGGAUGAUUUACUUCACAAUCAGGACUUGUGGUUGGUUACAUAUGAUUUGUGGGCAGGUUAUUCGAUGAAAGACCUGUUUCUUUUUGAGUUGCCUAUCAAAAGGGAAGUCCAACAGCUACAUUUGUUUUGUCAUUACAUCCGUUGACAAUGUAUACAUGCACACUUCCUGUACAGUAAUAGUCUUUCAGAACAGUGUGUGAUGAUCUUCUGAUAAAUCAUGCAAAUGUUAUUGUAGACUCUACAUAAAGUGUCUAUUCUGGAGGUAUUGGUAUUCUGAAGUGUGUAACUGAAGGUAUCGGUUUUCAUACCAAACACUGUUCAGUUGGAGUUGUCGUCGUCACCUUGGUUUUGGCUGACAUUUUAGCUCUACCCUUGUAGUGUUUAUAGAGAAAACCAAUACCUCUAGUCUAGUAUCAGUUCCUUAAACCACAAUGAAUACUUAGUUAGCUGGAUGGACUCACUCUCUUUCAAGUUUGAAAUCAGUCUUAGUUUUAAAAGGUGUCGAUGUGUUUUCAAAUGUCUGUAAAUAUAAUGUGCUGUACAUGUCGUUUCCAUCCAUUUCGGUGACGAUAUUCUCCAUGACUGAGGUCUCGAGAAUUGUGUCGUGUUAUCGAAGAGUCAGUCUUCUGUACCUGUUGGGAAUGCCUGCACACUUGUAAAUUUCAGACAGUGUCUCCAUUUGAUACUGUUGUAAAUAAAUAAUCAGUAAAGCUAAAGUUAAAUGCUUCAUUUGCUAAUUAUCCGUCCAAAGUUAAAGUGAUGAUCAGUGUGUUUUAUUUUUGUAUAAUGUAUUUUUGUGAAGAUCAAUGCGUGAGAAUUAUGUGUGUGUAUAAAGUUUUAUGGAUAAUUCUAUAUGAUGAUGAUGAUGAUAUUAUUAUUAUUACUGUUGGAAAUAUGUAAUCAUUAUGAAUUGUUGCUAAGUUAUGAAGGCUGUGGUAGUUAAUAUCCCGGCACUUUGAAGUAUUAUUGUUAUUUGCAUGCUAAAUGCAUCAAGGCACUAGUUUUCGUAGGUUAUUAUCAACAAUUUACCCCAAACUUGGAUUGAGCUAGUGUGAACAGUGACAUUUUCGCAAGGCUAAAGGUUUGCCAAAACACCCCAUUGUCUGCAAAGGCUUCUUCAGGCCUGACUUGUCUGAAAAUCCUUUCAACGAGGGACACCCUCUGAACGUGUGGUCUGAGGCUGUGAGCAUAAUAUAAGCAUUGACAUAAAUUCUGUGAACAGAUUUAACUUUUGAAUAUCAAUGAGGUUUGUGGUAAAUUGUCUCUUGUUUCAUUGCUUCUCCAUAUUUGAUGAGCACCUGGCUCUUUGAACUUCGUCUCCUUAAAGUUAGUUGCCCAAGCACUUCAAUAGUUUUAGUCUGUCUGGCUUUCCCUAUGUUUCUUUAUUUAGUCUAGCUUAGGCACAAUGUAAGGUAAGAUAGUACAAUUAUAGCCUCUGUUCGCAUUUAUGUGUAACGUCGGCUGUUUUCUACAAUGCAGGGGCUGCAAUUGUACUGGGGUUAUAAUUGCAUCACUUUACCUUACAUCAGUUUAUUUCUAUUUAUUCUAUUGGUCUGAUCUUGGGUCUGGUGACUUAAGUGUUUUGAACUAAGAAAAGCGGAACUGUCUUUAGUGUUCUUUUGAUUUGACCUAUUCACAACUGCUCUGUAUAGAGCAUGUUUAAAAAAAAAGUGAGUUGGUGUAGAUUCCCAAAUCUUUCUUAAUUUGUUGAUAUGACCAUCAAGAAUCACAGUGUAGUGGGAAGCUCUUGCAUAAUUUUGUUUGGCCAGAUAUCAAUUGUGUGUGCCUCGCCAAUGAUAUGUGCUAUUGCAAAUCUUAUCCGAGCCAGUGUGUUGUUGUCAAACUGAUCGUUUUACAAGUUUGCAGAUUAUUUUAGUUUGGUCGACACAGUGAUUAUUUCCUAACUGAUAGUCGCAGACAGUGUGCAAAACUUAACUCUAAUUUGGGCAGUGUCAGUGAAAUUGCCUGUCAAUGAAUCUGAAGACCACUUGUUUGAUUGAUUAAUUUAUAGGGAAGAACUCCCUGCAUUGGUCUGGAAUUAAGAAGUGCAGUGUGAAGUUAUUUUUGUACUUGUAUAUGCCAAGGGUUUUCACCCAGGUUUCACGAUGCAUUAUAAUCCUACCACCGAGAUCUGCAAGCGAUACCUGUUGGUAUCCUACCGUCCAGGCCGCGUCUCUUCCACAGGUCAGACAGAUAUACGCUUCUAGUGUACUUUAAUAACAAUCAGCGAAUUAUCAUUGAACCGUCCAGACUUAUGAAUAAGGGGAUGUGAAUUCUGUCAAGGAUUGCUAACUUAAGAAUUGAAGCCAAACCGGAGGCAUUGGAUCAACCAAUUUUUUCUCGAGUGUGUAUUGCUGUGGUCAAGUGCAAAUGAAUCCAAAUUAUAGUCAGGCAUGCUAUGCUCGUCACCGGCACGUGCAUGCCCUGCACGUAGCCCAUUGCGAAAGGGUUGAGAUAACAUUAUGACGUAGAUGUUCUUUUGGCAUCAGUGUUCCUAGCUGCUGGCCACUGGUCAUUGUGGGUAGGUCUUUCUAUCUUCUUGGAGAAUUUAUUAUCUCUAAAGUGAUGUGUACAAAGACAAGUUGUGAGACGGUUCAUUCAUGCAGGUUUUCACUUUGUAGUGUGUGGUGGACCUGACUUUCUUCUUAACACUGAAUAAA